AUGGUGUUCAGGUCGCCGCUCGACUUUUUCUCAGCCUCCCGUAUCCUCUUGCCUCACUUCGCGGAUGGGCCCCCUGUUCUGGCCCGCUCUCGGUCCCCGGAGGACCCUCCCUCGGCCUGUCCUCCCCUGGCUCUGCCGGGACUGUGUUUCUCUGCGGCGCAGAUCGCCAGCGUCUGCGAAACUCUGGAGGAGACCGGAGACAUCGAGCGGCUGGCCCGCUUCCUCUGGUCACUCCCGGUGACCGCAGACGGCCGCGACUCCAUCUCUGAGCACGAGUCCGUGCAGCGGGCCCGCGCCGUGGUGGCCUACCACACGGGGAGUUUCCGCGAGCUUUAUCACAUCCUGGAGACGCACCGCUUUACGCGCGCCUCGCACGGUAAACUGCAGGCAAUGUGGCUCGAAGCUCACUACCGGGAGGCGGAGAAGCUCCGGGGGCGGCCGCUGGGACCGGUAGACAAGUACCGCGUGAGGAAGAAGUUCCCGCUACCGAGGACCAUCUGGGACGGAGAGCAGAAGACGCACUGCUUCAAAGAGCGCACGCGGGGGCUGCUGAGAGAAUGGUACCUGCAGGACCCGUACCCGAACCCCGGCAAGAAGCGGGAGCUGGCGCACGCAACCGGACUCACACCGACUCAAGUUGGAAACUGGUUCAAAAACCGGAGACAGAGAGACCGGGCCGCAGCAGCCAAAAACAGAUUGCAGCACCACCGCAUGCGUCCAGACGGCGCGCGUUCACUUAGCGGAGGAGAGUGCAGUCCAGACGGCAGCGGAGAGCGCGCAGAUGGAGAAACUCUUCUCUCAGUAACGGACAGUGACUCCGACUUGGAUGUUUGAGACUUUUAAUC